GAAUAACGUUCAAAUUAGGGCAAAGUUGAAACCUGAGUUGACUGUUGCAAGAUGCAUGUAGCUAGCUAGUGGAGAAAAUGAUUUCAGACAGAGCGCUUAAGAUAAAAGGGAGGAAGAGGAUGCAUUAGAAUGCCCCGCGGCCUUCAGCAGACGCGUAUUCCGCGGCGUGGUUACAUGCGCCUCGGGGCCCUAUUACACUUCCCACGGCCGCUAAUGACUUCCGGGUUCACCUUUCUGAAAACGCACCGUUGAGUGGUCUAGUACGUGACACUCUGCGUGCAACGACUGGAAACCUUAACGUUAAGUGACAACGUGCAGUAGUAUCAGGAUGAAUCGCCCGCCUCCCUUUUUAAUAAAACAUAGAAUAUCCGUUUUUGAUCUUUAAUAUUUCACCUGUGUUGGUUCUUAUACCCUCCCCCACCCUGCAAAUUUUCCGCACACACACACCUACUUUGAUAAAAAAGACUCCCGCUAAUUGGAUGGUGUAUCUUUUCCGGUCCGCUUCUGACGUCACCUGGCGGCUGACCAAUGGUAGCGCGUGACUAGGGUGGAUGAGAGACAGAGCGCAACAGGCCCGCAGGUGUGCGUGUAGGAGCCGUGUGGAAACACUUCGGCGAGAGAGAAGCGAGUAAAAAACGCCCCGCUACAACCGCUUAGCUAGCAGAGACCGCACCAAGACUCAUCUUACGAGGAGGAAAAAGCUUUCAGGUGGUUUGUGAGAUGGUGGGGACGAACAUGUGUGCGAAGAUGAACAGUAGUACUAGUUGGACUGCGGAGCUCGCCGAGAGCGCCCUGCGCGCCACCGACUACCAGUUGCGCCCAUCCCGCGGGAGCAAGCGGCCACUCCUCGACAAUUUCUCCAGCCACAGUGACGAAGAGGACGGGGACGACAUAUCGGGGCUCCCUCCGAGAGGAUCGGUUAGCUCGCCUUCCAUCUCCAGCACCGAUGAGGCUCAACCGAAGGAGAAGAAAGCGCGCGGCGGCGCCAAGAAGACAAGCCCCCGGCGUCGCCGGGCGGCCCUCAGUGCCAGAGAACGGAAUUUGCGUCGCUUGGAGAGUAACGAGAGAGAAAGGCAGCGCAUGCAUUCCAUUAACGACGCCUUCCAAGGGUUGCGGGACGUCAUUCCACACGUCAACGCCGACAGAAAACUUUCCAAGAUAGAAACUCUCACCCUGGCGCAGAACUACAUUGUGGCGCUCACCGGGAUCGUCUGCAAGCUCCAGACGCAGAUCCAAGGCGACCCGAAGGACGACACCGACUCCACCCCCCUCCCCCUUCCUCCGACCCUACCAACCUUCCUGGACUGAACCCACGACUAGCUCUAUAGAUCAAAAGCGCUAUAUAUAAAACGGAUGUAUACCUUGGAAUUUCUAUCUGGGUGUCUGCCAAAAGAAUGGCGGCCAUACUACAAAGAUUUAUUUUCAUACUGAUUAUUUUCAUACGCUCCCUGCCACCUUAAGCGUAGUGUACACUACUGGCAUAUUCCAACGGCCAGUCCGAACUUCCAAAUAGAGAGAAAGAUAUAGGAGUUUAUAAAGGAUUAUUGAAAUCUAAUCCAAGAAAAAAGGGACCAAAAAGUAGGUGUAAAAUGACAAAGAGAGUGAGAAAAAAAUAGAGUAUUUUGAAACGUAGCACCUUCCGGAAAAAGAUCCUCGAAUACAAACAAAUGUUUUUCUUUUUUUUUGUGUAGUGUAAGAUAGAUUUCAUAUGUAGGCGUAGCUUUUUAUGGUAGUUAUUGUGAUGUUAAUAGCAGUGCAAUUAUAUAUUCUACGUCCGUCUGAUUGUACGAAAAGAGGCUGGUAGGAAAUAGCCCGGUAAACUAAUUUUGACGAGACGGAGAGUCAUUAGGGACACCUAAUGAGUUACUCAGUACGCUCUGAUAUAUGCAGGUAAUGUAUAAGCAUACCUACCUAUGCUAACAGGUCAUAAGUCCAUGCAUAUGUCGUAUAAUUCUGGUCCAAAACUAUAUUCACUCUAUGCCCCGAAUAUGUGUAUAAAUAUAUAUAGAAUAUAGAUAUAUAUCUCCAAGACAUUUGUGAUAAAUGCUGCAAUUUUGCUGGCGUACAUUUGUACACUCUAUGACGAAAUGUAAAGCUAGUUUUGUCUGCAUAGUGUUAUUUCUUGCUCUACGAUUAAAGGAGAA